GUAUUGUUUGUUGCUUUUUUAAUUUCUCUUUUUAAGUUAAUUUAAUCUAUAUGGUUAGAGAGGAGGAAUGUCCCUGCUCAGAGUCAUCGAAACUCUCCCAUGUAACGUCUUUAGCUUCUGAAAAUGGCAAUUCCGAUUUUAAAGAAGAGCCUGAGAAUAUGAAACAUGAUGACUGUAAGUACUUUCAAUCAAAUCGAUUCAAUUCUGUUUCCUGCCAAGCAGUACCCGACAAUUUCCUGAAAAAAGAACAGACUUACAGAUUGUCUAGCGGUAAUAUUCCAGUGAAUUUUAAUCCAGAUCUUUCGCAAGAGACUCCACCUAUGUGGAAUCGAGCCAGCUGGAAAUGGCCUAGAUCUGGAUAUCUUAAGAAGAAAGAUAAAACUUACGAAGUCAAACUCAACAAGAAACGUUGCCAACAUUCCCCUAAGCCUUACGUGCUUUACGAAAUAUCUAAAGGAAAACCACGGAAAAAGGAAGAGCUGACAAAUCAGAAUCAAGAAGUGUGUCUGGAACUUGGAAAGGGAGAACCUGCAGAGAGGAUUGAUAUUUAUUAUUUUGAUCAUGGAAAUUCUGCGUAA